UUAAAACGAACCAAUGGCGGCAAAUGUGACAGGCGAUAUUAUUUUUUGUUUUGAACUGUUUAUUUACAGUUUGAAUGCAUAUAAAAGAAAUAUCAAAAUAUUAUAAAACCAGGUAGAAGGUGGUCAUGUCACGAGGAAAGGAUCAGGAUGAGGGAAGGUCUCCGGCAGAGAAAAGACGUAAAACUGACGUCAAGAUGGGUGAGGGAAGCUUGGACGAGAUGUGGGAAGAGUACUCCCAGGCUGACUAUGACUACAUGGAUACCAUUGCCUCUCAGAUCAUAACGCAACCGGCAGGUGAGCUGGAGGGCUCCCACCAUGCACCAGUUCCGAUUCCGUUAUCACAAUCAGAUACUCUUCCCAUCAUCGCACCUCAGUUUGUAGCGCCGUUACAACCGACAUCAUCUUUUCAAAGGUCAAGGUCAUCUUCCUCUUCUCAGAAUGGACUGACAUCUGAUACUUCCUCGUCUUCGAUUUAUCCGAAGUCUGUCGGGAGUAACCGCAGUACCUUAUCAGUGACAAGUAUUUCCAGUUCGUCAGGCUCGUCAGGUGGACGAGGUUCGGCAGUUCCACGAUCCGCUAAGAGGGAAAGCCUCGAUAGAGGGACAUCUGUUUUGUUGUCAGCAACUCCACACCCGGACUUACAUGCACUGCAAACUGAAAUAGAACAGCUUCGAGCAGCGUUACGUUCCAACAAGGAUGAAGAAUGUGGGAAGGACGGAGAAAUCCGAAUGUUGCGAGAGAGUCUGAAACGAGCUCAAGAAGAACGUCUCGAACACAUUCAGAACGUCCACACCCAGAAGAGUGAGAAGGAGAAAUCUCUCCGGACGGACAACGACCGACUUAACACGCAGCUACAGUUCCGAGAGCGCGAGUACCAGGAGCUGCAGGUUAAGUGUCGGCAGAUGGAGCAGCGUCUGCACCACAUUAUGGAUCCAGGGGGAGAUCACGCCUCCUUACCGGCCAGUCCAGUCUCUAGGAAAGUUGUCGCUUCACACAGGUCGCCACAGUCCACAUUCCCCACCGCUAGAACUUUCUUAAGCAGCGAGAAGGGAGAACCAUCGUCGGGUUUGAUGUCAGAUGCUGAAACUAUGACAACAACAUUAUCUGAAAUAUGUGGUACUUCUAAAAGAAGAGGAACUCUAUCGCUGGACGUUAGACAUUCACAAGGUCACAUAACUGGACCUCAGCUUGUGUCAAAGUUAAUUCACUCUGACCAUGGUUUAACGAAAGAGAUGGACGAUGAAAGCAUUAUUGGAUUAUUACAGACACCAUCAACCUCACUAGAUCUUCAGUCUUUUAUGUUUGAAAGAGACUGUUCUACCCUCCGGUUAUCACCUGUUAGAAGUAGGAGAAUAUCCGAUGUGAAAAUGAGUCUACAACAUGCAGAGAGGUCUGAAUCAAAGAGAAUUGUUCCACCACAUUUCCACAUCAUGGCAAUGAAAGGUCUACAACACUUGCUAUCUCAAGCAUCUGUCAACUCGUCAGUAACACCAGCCCCAGAUAGUGUAUCUGUAGACUCGGCAGCCUCAUCUACUGGCAGUCUCAAUGGCCCAGUACUUAUUUUACCUUUGUUGAACUGCUAUCUGUCUCACUAUAUUGUCCUGUUGAACAAAUCCACAACAGAGAAUGUUGUGACAAGUCCGUCAAGUUCGACAGGAUCGUUACGGACGUACAGUUCCGAGAGUCCGAGUUCUCUGGAGUCUCUCACAAGUUCUCUGUCUCAGUUGUUGAUGGACGGACAGCGGUGUGCUAACACCCUGGAGAGUUACUGUCUGGCUUCACUGACGACUCUGUGCAAGCUUGUGUCGUUCAGUUCCGCUGUGCGACUGUUCAUGCUUACAGGAACAAGUGGGCUGUGUAGAUCGAAUGAAGCAAAACCCAGUCACAAGGAGUCGGUGGACAAGGGUCAGGGUGUUUCCAUGGAGACUGACUUUAGCAGUGUGUCGUCAGGUGAAAGCUUGUUCUCUUGUGGUUCCAGUGUUUUUGCUGACCAGCUUGAAGAAAUCAACCUCCUCGAUAAGGUUCUCCGAUUGGCCAACCCAGGUCAAGGCCAAGAGACUUGUACCUGCAAUCCGCAUGUAGUGGAAGGAGCUCUAAAUGUAAUGUCAGCACUUGCUAGUCCGAAACUGGAACCUCACUGUGACAGGUUGAAAUUGGUUGUCACUCAGGGUGUGAUUAGCAACUGUCUUGACUGUGAGGUGUUUCCAUCCAUCAUACUGGCUGGAGUGAAGCUGGUGUGUCGUCUGUGUCACUGCCCCAUUAUUGCUUCAUCACUCUGUACUACUUCAGAUAACUGUCCAUUACUGACCAUGUACCUUCUAAGUAUAAAAAGCUUUGAACAAGCAGAUGCUGUCAUAAAAAUUUCUAUAUAUAAAGAGGUGAUCAUGUGUAUCUGCAAUAUUGUGUCCAGCCAGGGAGGAGGCUUAGGAAUUCUGCUGGAUACAGACUGUCAGUGCAGUGUUGAAGUUAUCCGGUCGGUAAUCACUAUGCUGUGCAGUGUGUUAGAUCAGUACCAGUGUUGUAGUUGUGACGACGACCUGUCGUUGCUCUGUCGUGGCUUGAUGUUGUUACACCGGAUCUCACAACAUGACGGUCAGUUCACGGACAAACACCAGGAGGUGCAGCAUGCCUACGUACAUCUCAUAUGUGGGUUGACCUCUCUGCUCAAACACAACACAAAACUCUACGAUAAUGAAUUGUCGGCCUUGGCAGAUUUAUGGGAUUUUCCACAAGAUGAUUAUGAACUAAACCAAGACAGUGAAGAGGACGGUAUGGAAACAGAUGCUGGUAGCUAACAGUAUCAUAUUUAUUGAAUGAAUUCUCAUGGACAUAUACUUGAAUUGGACAUGAAACGAAAAAAAGUAACAACACUUGUUUGUUCUUUGGAUCAUUGGAUGCAUGCAUGGGAAUGGAUGGAGGGGCCUUGCCCACAUAGAUUGCUAAAAAAAAUACAGUUUGCAGAACCACCUGAUGCUCUGUGAAAGUUGACCCAACAGAAAGAGCAUGGGGAAUUUCAGUUGCAAAGCAAGUGAAUACAUGUUCCGCAUUCAGCACAUUUUUAAACUACAACUAUUUGGUGUCUUAACAUAAUUUCCACAUUUGAUUGGGAGAGGAAAUGCGCUGUCACCACUUCUAUCAAAAAAACGAGGAAUCUUUUAUGCACGUUCCCACAGACGGGAUAGUACAUACCUUUGAUCUAUAAAUAUGCAUUUGCCAUAUGGAUGCUCAAAGAGCAGGAUGCUUCUGAAUUGUUCAGCAAUGCAGUGCAUUAAAUGAAUUGGCUUUUGAAAAAUCUGAAAAUUGCAAUAAUUAGAGCAAAUCUGGUUUUGCAUAACCCAUUUUUCGUAAGCACAUUAUAAUUAAAUAUUAUUUACAUGGUCAUAAUGGGUUAUGCAGAAAUGAAAUGGGUUACUUGAAUUUGUUUUGUGUAACACAAACAAUUUUUGCCAAUUUUCACUUCUUGGAGGCCUGUGGAAGACUGCUAGGUGUGUGUGAAACUGUCCAUUAAAAACUAAUAAUUUAUUGUAUGAAUUUGUGAUAUAGAGAACUUCAACGAGUCAAAUGCUUAAGAUAAUCAGGAAUAAUCUUUGAGCUGUCCCAGAAUUGAUCAGAUGGGCAUCAUAAUUAUUUGAUUCCUAGUGGGUUUGCUGCAGUUGUUUCUCUAUAAAUUUGUGUUUUUAAAAAUGUAUUUGGGGUGGCAAGCAUCCAAAAGUGUUAUCUUCCAUUUCCCCCAUUGUGAUCAAUUCUGGAACAACUGUUUGUGGGACAAGUCCUACUGAACUCUUGAGAAAUUAUUUUAAAUUUGUAAUUUACAAUUCUAAUUUAUUGAAUAUAUCGGGUUACAUGUAAAUAUUUUAUUCAGUUGUACAGUGUUAUGGAGUACCAAAUGUGAUUUAGUGUUAUAUUAAUCUUUGUUAUGUGUAUAUAUAUAUAUAUAUGUAAUAAACCAUGCAAUGUCACACAACUAUAAUGAUAAA